UCGUCUUUGAUAGCUUAUUGUCUAGACGAACGACGGGACACACACCACGCCGACCGGAAUUUUGCCGGCGACCGGAGCUCUUUGCCUUAUAUUCGGAUUUCUCUGGAUUCUGCUGAUUGGAAUAACGAUACUGAUCUGGAAUUGGAGAUCGAUAACUACCAGCCAUCUCCAUCUCCACCUCCAUCUCCACCUCCAGCAAUCACUUCAGACGAGAUGUUUGCUACAUUGGUUGACAUGGGCUUUCCCUUGGAGAUGAUUGCUAGAGCAAUCCAGGAAAAUGGACCUGGAGCAGAUACUUCGGUGAUUAUCGAUACUAUCUCUAAAUACUCGAGUAACUGUGAAGCUGGCUCUUCCAAGUCCAAGACUAUCGAUCAUUUCCUUGCGAUGGGAUUUGAUGAGGAAAAGGUUAUCAAAGCCAUACAAGAACAUGGAGAAGACAAUAUGGAAGAAAUAGCAAAUGCACUCGUCUCUUGUGCGGCAGAGAAGUUGCCUGAGGUAAAGGAAGAAGAUGACAUUGACUGGUCAGAAAGUGAUGAUGAGGAUGAUGAGAAAGAUCCAGGCUCCUCCCUUGCAAACGGCAGUCAAUUGCGGUCUUUGAUGAAAAUGGGUUUCUCUCACCUUGAAGCUUCUCUAGCUUUGGAGAGAUGUGGCGAAGAUGAGAGCCUCGCAGAUCUCGCAGACUUCAUUUGUGCUGCUCAGAUGGCUCGAGAAUCUGAUGAGUUUCACACUGACCCUGAAGAACGGAAGCCUAGUCAUGACGUCAAGAAAAGGCGGAUAGAGCCAACAAGAGAGCCCAAGGAUACCCAGCUGGUUCGCCUACCAAACCCAAUGAUAGGAUUUGGGGUUCCAAAUGAGCCAGGAGGCAUCACACAUAGGUCACUCCCACCUUCAGUUCGAGGCCCACCAUAUUUCUACUAUGAAAACGUUGCUCUUGCUCCUAAAGGCGUUUGGGAGACCUUCUCAAGACACUUGUACGACAUUGCGCCAGAGUUUGUGGACUCGAAAUACAUCUGUGCCGCAGCGAGGAAGAGAGGAUACAUACACAACCUCCCCAUCAGCAACAGGUUUGAGAUUCAGCCUCCUCCAAAAUACACAGUUCAAGAGGCAUUUCCUCUAAGCAAGAGGUGGUGGCCAACAUGGGACCCAAGGACCAAGCUGAACUGCAUUUUGACUGUUACAGCUAGUGCCCAGUUGACGUUUAGGAUCCGCAAAGCACUAGAGGCUCAUACUGGAGAACCACCUGACCAUGUAAAAAAGUACGUCAUUGAAGAGUGCAGAAGGUGGAAUCUUGUAUGGGUGGGAGAAACAAAAACCGCCCCACUCGAGGCGGACGAAAUGGAGAAUCUUCUGGGAUAUCCGAGAAACCAUACGCGCGGCGGUGGCAUGAGCAGGUCCGAGCGUUUUAAGUCACUCGGCAACUCUUUUCAGGUGGACACCGUGGCAUAUCAUCUGUCUGUCCUGAAACCCCUGUAUCCAAAGGGAAUCAAUGUGCUCUCACUGUUCACGGGGAUUGGUGGAGGAGAAGUGGCUCUUCACCGACUCCAAAUCCCCAUGAGAGUUGUCGUCUCCGUGGAGAUAUCGGAAAUCAACAGAAGCAUAUUGAAGGACUUUUGGAAACAAACGAACCAGAAAGGAGAGUUGGUGGAGUUUUCAGACGUCCAACGCGUAACGAAAGACAAAAUCAAAGAGCUGAUGAAGCGGUAUGGUGGGUUUGAUCUGGUGAUUGGAGGCAGCCCGUGCAACAACCUCGCUGGGGGUAACAGAGUAACCAGGAAUGGUCUUGAUGGUGAUAAGUCUGUGUUGUUCUAUGAGUAUUGCCGGAUUCUGGAGUCGGUUCGUGAGUUAACAGAGGAGAUGAGAGGAUCUUGAUCAUUUUGGGUUAAAACCUUUUCUCUCUUCCUUAGGAAACUCUGGUCUGACUAUUUAUUGUGUCUGUUCGUCUGUCUUGAAUCUUGAUCAUGUUCAUGUUGCGUUUGUCUGUUUGAUAAAACGCUAAGUUAGGCUUAUUGACUGAUAAAGGCCCAUAUCCGAAUCAAAAACCCCAUAUGUAGCCUUUUAAGGAUUUUUGACUUCUAUGGACCAAUAAAAAUCAUAAGAAAAAG